GUCAGCCGCCGAAUGCCAAAUUCCGUAUCUUUGGGCAACAUGACGUUAUCACUGUCAACCCUGUGCAGAAAUCGAGUGGAGUGAUUUGGCAGUCGGCAGUGAACGGAGCUGGUGAACCGCGGAGUCACUUGACAUCUGAAGUCUUGACCCUCAACCAAAAUGGAGCUGAAGUACACGGUACAGAAUUACGACUGGGGUAUGAAGGGCACGACCAGUAGUGUCGCGAGAUUACUGAAGGGAUCAGACCCUGCAGCUCACGUCGACGAGGAGAAAACUUAUUCUGAACUCUGGAUGGGAACACAUCCGAAUGGUCCCUCAUUCGUCAAGGCCACUGGGGAGAGUCUGGGGGAGUUCAUAGGGGCGAACAAGGAGGUCCUGGGGGACCCUGUGAGGGAGAGCUUUGGGGAUGAUCUCCCUUUUCUGUUCAAGGUCCUAUCGGUGAGGAAAGCUCUGUCCCUUCAGGCUCAUCCAGAUAAGGCAAGAGCUGAGAGCCUCCACAAGCUCCACCCCGACAUCUACAAAGACCCGAAUCAUAAACCGGAAAUGCCGAUAGCCCUGACGCCCUUCGAGGCCCUGUGUGGCUUCCGGCCAGUCCCUGAGAUCCAGAAUUUCCUGAAGAAAAUCCCAGAGCUCUGUGCGGUGAUUGGUCAAGGAACUGUCGAGGAUUUCAUCAGCUCCGGGGAGACUGAUCCAAAACCUCAUCUUCAGAAGUGCCUCCAAGGGCUCCUCACUCACAAUGCUGACUCUACAGCCCAUGAACUCAAGAAAUUUAUCGAUAGAUUAUCCGAAAUGAGUGAACCCGGCAGAGAGGAAUUGAAUGCCAGAAUAAUGGAAAAACUCCACGCCGAUUAUCCAGGGGAUGUCGGCUGUUUUGGACUUUACUUUUUCAAUUUUAUUACCCUUCAACCCGGCGAAGCACUUUAUCUAGGAGCUAAUGAACCUCACGCUUAUAUUUCUGGUGACUGCAUGGAGAUAAUGUCCUGUUCAGACAAUGUAGUCAGAGCUGGACUGACUCCGAAAUUAAAGGACGUUGACACACUAGUGGAGAUGUUAACAUACAAUUGUGAAGCUGCAGAAUUGAAGAGAUUCAAACCUGUCAAGGAGGACGAUUACUCCGAAGUCUUCAGACCCCCAAUCAAGGACUUUGCUGUAUCUAAAAUUGAGCUUCCUCCUGGCACACCAUCGUAUGCCCUUCCCCCCAGAAAUUCAGCUGGGAUCCUGAUAAUAAUCGAAGGUUCAGUCGAGGUGAACUCACAGGUCUACUGCCCGGGCUCGGUCCUGUUCAUCAAAGCGAACGAACAGCUGAGCUUAAAUAUUCGGACGAAAGACGGAAGAACUCUCAUGUUCGAAGGCUUCGCCAACGUCUGACGAGGCUGAAAUCUCCAAUUUAUCACAAAUCUCGGAGAAAAUAGUUCUAGCCAGCUUUUGAUUAGUUACUUAAUUGGAUUAUGAAACAAUGCCUAUUAACCCCUAGAGCUUGCGGCUGGGGAUCUUCCCCAGGAAAAUCGUCGAGGAGAUGGAGAGGAAAAAGACGAUAGACUAGCUCGAGUCCUCGGAGUCGUCCUUGGCAGGUGCCUCUGCUGGCUUGUCGACUUUGUAAUGACGAUACUCCGGUUUCAAUUCCCACGUGUUUCUGUGGGGAUUCUUCAGGUUGUAAUUGCACACCUCGUUGAGUAUCUCCUUCAGGUACACCUGUGUACAAAGUGAUUAUUUAAAUUGUAGAUAGAAAAUUGUUAAUUGAAGUUAUCGGUGAGAGAUGUGAAAGUCUAAUGAAAAAUAUUGGAUACGAUUUUUGUUAUUUUCAAAGAUAAUUAAUAAUUAACGAAUAUCACCUCAAUAAAUAUAAAAUUGGGUAUAAAGUAUUUAUCGUCAAAUUUUUGUACGUAAUAAACUUAUUCAAUGAAAAAAAAAUUACGGAAAAGUCGAAUUAAUGAUAUUUGCACUGCCAUCAAAUUUUUAGAAAAUUUACAUGUGAUGAACUGUUUGUUUAAUUUUGUUCAUUAAAUUUUGAAUUGUGUUGAUAAAAUCAAAUGUAAAAAGUGAUUUCAGAUGUUGAAAAAAUCAUUUAAGAAAUUAAUAGUAAUUAAUCAUUCGAUAUUUUCUGCAGGAGUUUAUCUUCCUGAUGUAUUUAAUUAUGUAAUCAUAGAAAUUAAUUUGUUUAGCGAAAUUAAGGACAUUUUGCUACAACGAAUGUAAAAUAAAUCGAAAGAAAAAUACUCACGA